AUGCAAAGACCUACAGCUUUGUUCCCUGCAUACUCCAAACAACCUUUAUUAAAGGGUAAUGAGAAGAGUCCUCCUCCGCCACCUCCACCGCCUCCUCCUCCACCUCAGACAGCACAACCUCCACCUCCACCUCCACCUCCACCUACAACCGGAGUAGUAGUAGUGGAUUCAUCUCAAUCACGAAGGAGAGCAUCAGACUUCUUUGAUGAUCAAUCAACCUCACAAUCAAUCACAGUCAUCAACAAUAGCGAUGAAAGUGACGAUGAUGAACAUAGUAAGAAGAGGAAGAAGAGUAAGAAGAAGAAGGAUAAAACAAAGACAAAGAGGAUCAAGGGUGAUAAGACUUCAAAUGAAAUCGCACUACUUGAGUAUAUGAAACCACAAAUAGGAAGUGAUCAGUAUGUAUCUGAUUAUCGAGGAGACAGUGCACUGGCAAGACAAACAACAUUGGCUGCCAAUAAGUCAUUGCGCUAUACAUAUGAUCACAGUGGCGUGCUUGGCCUCGUUGGCUACGAGAUGAAGUUCUCCAAGAAGCAUGGACUGAUACUUGAGCAAACAUCACUGGCGUCGUCGGGAUCGUCAUCCACGACACAUACACUGGGGCGAUAUUUCAAACAGGCUUCCACCUCGACCCCUGGCGAAUCAACAACACUCAUUCAAUCAAUCAAACAACAAACUCCAACUCAGGCGAUCAACAAUGAUCUGUUCAGAUCAGUGGCCAACUUCAUCCCACAGACCAUUGCCGACCCUGCAUAUGGAGCUGUGCGCGAGGCUACCAAGGAGGAGCUUGUUUUGGAGAAGGACGCGCUACUCAAUGCAUUGGUUGAGCGCGAGCCUCAGAGCAUCGACUCGUGGAUACAACUGGCAGAGCAUCAGGAUGCAUACAUUGUGUUCAGCUUCAAGAAAAUGCGUGCGCGUCGUCCCAUAAUCGAGAAGAAGUUAUCAAUCUAUCGCAGGGGCCUCAUGGCCAACCCAGACUCUGACGAGCUUACUGUGCGCUACAUGCGACUGGCCGCACAACUUUGGGACAAGGAGCAAGUGCGUCAACUCUGGGACAAGGUGCUUGAACGGCGCGCAAACACAUUGACAAACGCGGCAGCUAAUGAUGGCGGCGACCUCAUCUCUGACACUUUGUGGCGCGAGUACUUUGACUUCUCAAUGUCGUCCAACUUUGCAUCAUUCAAUGUAGAUUGGACGCGCAAGCUAUUCAUUCGACUCAUUCAGCAGUUGCUUGCCAAGCGCAGGACGUUCAAACCCAAGUCCACGGACUUCCUCGUGCAGGUUGGACGUGUUGAGCAGGCUCUGCUGGGAUACGUGGCGCAAUGGGCACGCUUUGAGCGUCAGGCUGGCUAUCCCGAGCGUGCCAUUGGUCUCUUCCAAUCUUUGAUCGAGUUCAACUGCUUCACACCAGUUCACAUGGCAACCACCUCUCCCCAGGCCGUGCUCCUCAGCCAAUUCCAACGAUUUUGGGAGUCGGAGCAGCCUAGAAUCGGCGAGCCUGGCGCAGUUGGGUGGCACCAAACACUGAUGAACGAUCCAACAAUCAAUCAACAAGAUGACAUGUCCAUCGAGGAGAUGGAGAGAUUGAUACAUGAACAGGAGAUGGAGCAAGAACCUGUUGAUGACUUGGACAACAUAUUCACGAAUGAAGAUAGCAAGGUCAAGGUGAACGAUUACGACAUUGAUGGACAAGACAUGCUGCGAAUGAGACUAAUGGAGAUCAAGGUGAAGGCAAUGGCCAAUUCAGAGCCUGAGGAUAUGGACAUGGAACAGAUCAAUGGCUCAGCAACACAACUGGACGACAAUGUCCUGUUUGAGAUUGCAGAGAAGAAGCCAAGGACAAUGGAUCAACUGUCAACAAUGGUCAGUGCCACAGUGUUUGAGCGUUAUGGUGAAGUUUUACUCGCAGCCGUCAUCGAGUACCUAAAGACUAGUGAACAGUUACAAGAAGAAGAGGAAGGUGAGAUCAUCGAGCAACAACCACGGACAAAGGAGAAGGAGAAGGAGUCCAGCAUAGCCAUGCUUCAGAGAUGGGCAGACAAGGAGAUCACGAUGGAGAGGAAUGAAUGGAUGCCACUGAAGCUCAUAGACCUCGUCUCAAGCGAGAGUAUGAGUGAGAGCGAGGGUGAGAGUGACCCCCAUAGACUGGUAUUGUUUGGCGAUGUAAAGGACAUACUGUUCAGACUGGUGAAGGAUGAGAACAAGAUGGAGUUGGUGUAUCAGUACCUCGAGUUCCUCGGUGUAUCCAACAUCUAUGACAUCAGACUCCCAUUCAAUCAUCGUCUUCGUCGAGAGUCCUACAACUCAAUCGAAGACAACAUAUCGAUGUUGUUCCAGACACUUGAUGAUGAUGUACCAUUGGUGGAUACCGCGACGGCCACUGGCACUGGUACAGGAGAUCAGAGACCUAUCUGGGCUUCGGCAUUCUCCUUGAUGUCUCCACAUUCAAUGGCUGGCGACAAGUUGGAGUUCAUAACCAGGGUGUACAGCCAGUGUUUGGGCGCCAAGCACUCAGUGUUCAAUGACAAUGUGGGCUUUGCAAUAUCAUUCAUUCAGUUCUUGGCCAAGAGUGGACGUGUGGACGAAGCCACAACAUCAGUUGUGCAACUGCUCAAGCAACAUCGUAACGCCACCAAGUUGUAUGAUUGCUACGCUCAACUCCUUGUCUCUUCGAAGAAACUGCCAGAGGCACGCAAGGUCUACCAGACAGCACUCUCAACCCUAUAUCAAGGGGACGUAAACAUGGACAGUCAUGCGCACUCUCAGCCAGGCGAGUACUUAUAUCGCCAGUACUGUCUCACAGAGCUCGAGGCUAUAUACCAGACAUUGAAGCGCGACCCAUCACUGCUCAAGAAGUUCAUACGUUCAAAGAAGUCAUUCUUGGACAUGUUCAUGCUGCCCGUGCACGUGUUGUGCUGCUUCACCGAGGGCAAGUUCCAGGUGUUCUCGACCAAGACCACCCCGGUCACCACUGGUCGCCUCCUAAUCUGUCAGAAGAACUAUGAGCGACUGGCACUCAGUGCGCAACGCCCAAGCACCGACUACUGGAUAUGCUUUGUGUUGUUCAAGCUGCUGACCACUGAUUUGAAGACGUCGAUGGAGAUCAUGCAGGCUGGACUGGCGUCCUGUCACAACAUUGAGCCCAAGCAGCACGAGCUGCUUACAGUGCGCUUCGUGGAGAUUAUCACAAAGUACUCGCCAAUCAUUGGAUCGCCACCAUAUCUCAUCAAACAGGUGAUCAUGGAUCGCCUCGGGGACUAUCCCGAUCACCCACUGUUGCUGUCCUGCUUCCUCAAUUGGGAGGGCGCCACAUCGUCCUCGAUGCGCAUCCGUCAGUACUUUGACAGGACCAAUGCCCAAGACGACAACUCGACGAUCUUCUGGUUGUUUGCUCUGCGCUGUGAGAUCAAUCGAUUGGGCAGCGCAUUGCGCAUCAAGUCGCUGUUUGAGCGCGCACUACAAUCACCUCUGACUCGACACAGCAUCGUGCUGUGGCAACUGUAUAUACGAUUCGAACGAGCUAGACAGCGACCAAAGGCUGCCAAGGCACUAUAUUAUCGAGCCAUCAAGGAGCUACCCUGGUCCAAGUCCAUUUGGUUGAUGGCAUUCAGUAGCAGCGACAUCGUCCAGCCUGCUGAUGUUACUGUUACUGCUACUGCUACUGCUGGUUUAUUGAGCGAGAUGGAGCAACGCGAUCUUAUACCAUUGUUAAGAGAGAAACAGAUUCGACUGAGGUCUCCUCCUCCUACAUCCGAGCCAUUAAACGACUACAACUCUGCUGUUGCUGCUGCUUCUUCUGUUGAAGAUCAUUAG